UCAAAUGCCUUGAAAUUCUCUGUUUCAAGUAUUCUUUUUUGUUUCUCGAGUUUUAUGGCCAAAUUCUCAAUGGAGGAAAGUAGACCUGGCAGUGUAAUUUGUUGUGUCAUAAUCAGGUUGAAGGUUACUACCUUACCAUGUUGUAGCAGAUUAUGAAGCAGAGGAGGACGAUAGAAUUCUCGAUUCUGACGCAACUGGCCAGAUGCCAUCUCGCUCCCAGCAGUGGGAUCACAACAUUGCUGCCAAAGUUGCAGAGUUCACAGCCACGUUCGAGAAACAGGCACUUGCCUUCAAUAUAAUAUCUCGCAAACGAACUGCAGGGGAAUUUCGAUCCGAGGAAAGGUUGAUGGUUGAGCAGGCUCUUUUCCAGGAAGAGAAAAGAGCCAUGGUGGAGUUGAAAACAGAAAUAGAAUCUAGGGAGAAGGCUGGUCGGGCGGCUCGUGAGGCUAAGAUGCGAAUGGCAGCAAUGGUUCAGGCAGAGCAAGCUCGAGCCGAAUCCCAAGCUCAAGCUGAAAUAAUGGACCGAGGCCCUAUAAGGGCAAAUGCACUUGGAUCUGAGGGAGGCAACCUUCCAAUUAGUCAUGACAUUGGGGAGCAGUCACAGGGUGUGAACCCUGAUGAGAUGAUGAAUGGAUGGGGGAACAAUGCACAGAGGGACGAAAAGGAGCCAUCUGAAGAUUUCUUGAACGAUGAAGAGACUGACAAUGGAGAUAUGGGGAUGCAAAACGAAUGCAGAUAUGGGGAUGCAAAAUGA